AUGAACAACAGCAAACGCCGCCGUCUCAAUCCCACGGCCACCUCCUCCUCGACCCUCUCCAAACCAUUCAAGUCCCCACUGCGCAGACCCGUCCCAGCUACAGAUCAGCAUGGAGAGACAGCUACCCACGCCCCAGAUAGCGCCGACAGCGCGGAUACAGGAGGGAGUGACGCAGCUAUAGCUUCGUGUUUAACUGCAACUGAGACCGUGCAGGUUGGGAAGCAGCAUCUCGCUCUCGAGGAUCCCCGCGUCACCACCACUCCCACUGGGUUCAGGACUAACUCCUCAGUCCCACGGCCGGUGCCGGUCCCAGGGCCGGGCUCACAGCCCAACAACCCACGCUUCGAACCACCUACACCGAACUCCCAAGCCCCAUGCCCAUCCCAAACCUCACGCCGUCCUCCCCGCACCCCGCGCACCACCCGCACCACAACCCGAUCCAUACAGACAAACGAAACAGACAACCAAACAAUCCUCCCCCUGACCACCCAAAAAACCCUCCUCGCCGCAGAAGUCGCCGCCCUGACCCGCGAAUACGAGACCAUCCAGCAGGCCCUGCGCAUCGAAGCGCAGCAUAAAACGGAAGAGCUGGAGCGUCUCAUCGCCCUGUGGAGGGGGGUGAGUCAGCGGGCGGCGGAGGAGGUGUUUCUUUCUGCGAGGGAGAGGGUGGAGCGGAUGGGGGGGUUGCGCGGGAUCACGCAGAGGAGAGACUCUUGGGGGUGGGAUGAGGGGGAUCAGCAGGGACAACUAUCUGCCCAGUCUGCCCAGUCUGGUUGGGAGGAGGAUUGCAUUGGGGAUAGUAGAGAUGAUGCUGGGUAUCUAGCGACAGGGAGAGGAAAGGAGGAGGAAGAGGAGCAGGAGGAUCAGGAAUUCACGAUGGAUGUCAUGUUGAGGAUGAUGAAGAUUGAUUUGGGGGUGAUUGGAUAUGAUGUUGAAAAGGCGGGAUGGGUUUGAUUCUGUUCUGUCUAGUUCUCUGUAUGAGUAUGCAUACUGUGUAUCCCGCAAAAUAAACGUAAUGUG